UCAAAGUCCACCGUGGACCACUUCGCCACCUCCUCCGUUCCGUUCUCUCCCCCCACGCCGCAACCGAUCCCGCAGUUGCCGCCUCGCUCCGCCGCCGCUUCCGCCCCAGCCCCCAGGUGACUUCCACCGCUCCCGCGCCGCCCCGACCGCCGAGGAAGCGCCCCCCUCCCGAUCCGGCUCGCGGCGCGCGGCCCCGCCCGCCCGCCCGGAUCUGACGAGGUCGCUCGCUGCCGCGGGCGGUCGCUCCGGCCGCUUGGGUAGGGCUCGCGGCCGCGCGCGGGGAGGUGCGGAGCCUUCGUCAGGGGUCCGGGAUGGCGGCGCCACCGGCGAGGGCCCGGGCCGACUACGACUACCUCAUCAAGCUGCUACUCAUCGGCGACAGCGGUGUUGGGAAAAGUUGUCUCCUUUUACGGUUCUCGGAUGGCUCCUUCACCACUAGCUUUAUCACCACCAUUGGGAUCGACUUCAAAAUAAGAACAAUUGAACUUGAUGGUAAGCGCAUAAAGUUGCAGAUCUGGGAUACUGCUGGCCAAGAACGUUUCCGAACUAUUACAACUGCCUACUACAGGGGAGCAAUGGGCAUUUUGCUCGUCUAUGAUGUUACUGACGAGUCGUCGUUCAACAAUAUAAGAAAUUGGAUUAGGAAUAUUGAGCAACAUGCUUCCGACAAUGUGAAUAAAAUUUUGAUAGGCAACAAAGCCGACAUGGAUGAAAGCAAACGGGCUGUACCAACAUCUAAAGGGCAGGCUCUUGCUGACGAGUACGGCAUCAAGUUCUUUGAAACGAGUGCAAAGACCAACUUGAAUGUGGAGCAGGUUUUCUUUUCAAUAGCAAGAGAUAUCAAGCAAAGGCUAGCGGAAACCGACUCGAAGCCAGAGGAGCGUACGAUCAGUAUUAACAGACCUGAGGACGCUUCAACACCACAGAAGUCAGCAUGCUGCGGGUCCUAACUCCUGAGUGGGUUAUGUUAUCACACGGAGGAUAAGAUAGUGGUGAUACCAUGCUUGUAAUUUACCCUUUUCUCUGGCUAUCAUCACGUGGUUCGUGAGCAAUUGCUUGGGUUCAGAUUUCUGUGUUUCACUGUGCACAAUUUUAGCUGUAACACUGGUAGAAAUGCAAACGGUCGCGAGUCAAUGUUCUGGUGUGUGUGCAGAACAGCAAAUCUAUUGUGAGACCGUUUCAUUUCUAAUCAAUAUAUACACGUAACUUUGCCCUAGUGAUUAUCAAAA